AAAACGGCGCGUCACCGUGAUUCUUGCUGAUGCAUUGUUUACCCGGAAAACACAUCGACUGUAAUUUGACAUGACAAUGUUACGAUUUCGAGAACACAGUGGAUUAUCAGAACCAAGCUACCGCGAACGUCAUUAUCAUAAUAGAUUGAGCGUGUACAGUGUUGGUGUUCAUAGAUUGCUUAAAAUUGGAAACGUCGUUUGACAUCCCUCAGUGUUUGAGAGACUUUAACCGCGAACAGCGAAAACUGUAAAACAGUGUAGUCUCGUCCUUGCUCUAUCGGUUCAUCGGUUCACUCUACUCAUUGCAUUAAAAACAAUUUUGAAACUUCUUAUCCGAACCAUUUCUGUCAAAUUCACAACCCCGAACUUGAUAAUUACGCACGUUUUUGGUAAACUUGGAAUUGGUUGGGGGAAAGUUGGUUUCGGCCAACGUUAGAAUCUCAGUGGUCAACUCGUCAUUUUACUGCACGGCAUCAUGCAGUUGCAUAGAUUCUUGAGUGUGAUUCUUGUCGCAAUGUUAUCAAGAAGUUCAUGUUCACAGGAUUUUAUUUGCGGGGAUCCACUGGGAAUGGAAAGUGGUGGGAUUCCCGACAGUAGGAUAUCAGCCGCGCGGUCUUAUCAAACACCGAGAUAUGAGGGUGACUGUCAGCCGAAGAACGGCCGACUGAACCAGAAUGGAACCAUAAACCCGCCCGUUGCUGGGGGCUGGUGCGCUUACAGUGAUGAUACGAACGUGGAUGACCUAUGGUUCCAAGUCGACCUGGUUGAGCAAACACUGGUUGAAGGCGUUAUUACACAAGGUGUCAAUGAUCCCACCAAUCGGUGACUAUCGUUCAUACGUAAGCACAUACAAGGUUCAGUACAGCAUGGACGAAAGUGAAUGGAAAAGUGUUACUUCUGCUGAUAGUAAAACCGAGAUUUUUGAGGGCAACCAAGGCUUGACAGACACCGUUACGAGAAAGUUUGACAGUUCAAUUCGAGCUCGUUUCAUCCGCAUUAUUCCCAUAACGUUCAGCUAUUGGCCGUCGAUGCGUGUGGAACUCAUUGGUUGCAGUGAAUGCCCAGCUGAUGUAUACAUGUACAAUGGAACACAAGGCCCGUUGGUCUUCCCUUCCACCAGAGUGGGCAACGUGGCUAUUUCUUCUCAGAACUGCUCAUCGGAUCCUUUCAUGGCAACGAGGGAGUGUGCCGUGGACGAACUGCUACGUGCCUAUUGGAAGAAUCCAAUCACAACGCCGUGCAGCUUGGAUGAAUUGGAAACGGUGGAAAUCAAAACAGAGAAUGUUGCUGCAGUGGCUACGGCACUCAAGAGCCAGUCGUCACUUGAGGAAAACCACAAUGCUGACGGCAUUGUUUCCAUUGGAGUCGCUCUAAUCGGUAUCUUGCAGUUUUCUACUGCGCCGCCUGACAUUCAGAUUGCUGGUGAAGUGGUUAGCAUUUUAAACGACUUGCUUCAGUUUAACCAUACGGUAUUUGACGACCUAGGGGAGAGUAACAUUACAUCUCAAAUCAUCUUGGCAAUGGAAAGCUACAUCAGUGCUCUCCAGAAAGCCGACAUGGGUAACUUAACCUUAGUGGAGAACAGCCUUGCCGUGGUGGCGGUCACCGUACCACGGGAAGGCCUCGGAUACGGUUUGGUGUUCGGCAGUAAUUCCACUGACUCUGGCGGCGACCAUGAUACUUUGAAACCGGAGGAUAUUUUCCUUCUUACUGAUGGAGGAAGGGGCCAGAAUCCAGUAAUUGAUGAUGCUGGUAUAUCCAUCCAACUACCAAAUGCAAUCCUUAAACAAGUCAAUUCAACAGAAGAUCCAGUUCCAAUCAGUUUCUUCAUCUACCAGAACAGCAAGUUGUUCCGGCCUCCCCAAAUGCGGAACCAGAGUAAGAACGUGUCUUCACGUCGUGUUAUUGCUGCUACCGUUGAGGGCGUAAUGAUAGAUAAACUAGAUUCUCCAGUCAUCACUACAUUUCCCACUCCCAAAGUCAACAGAGCAAACGAGACGGUGGAUAGAUUCAUGUGUGUGUUCUGGGAUUACUUAUCUAACGGCCUUGGUAGUUGGUCAAGUCAAGGAUGUAGACUGGCCUCCGACAACAGUAACGCCGAUGGCCAGACAGUGUGCCACUGUGAUCAUUUGACAAGCUACCACACCUUUGGAGUUAUCUUUGAUAUUCAUGGUAACAAAGAUGUCAGCAUAGAACGCGGCAUCAUCAGCAGGAUACUACUUGCGAUAUCCAUCGUUGCUCUCAUUGUUACCAUUGUCUCUUUUCUUGCAAUCGGGAAAUGUCGCAAAAGUCGUCCUAAGCAGAUCAUAAUUUGCCUAUCCUUCUCCCUCUUGGGGCUUAACCUCGUCUUUCUGACCGGUAUCGAAGCUACAGGGCCUGCCGUCGGCUGUACGAUCGUGGCGGUGUUGAUUCAUUUCUUUACUCUAGCUUCAGUUGCCUGGAUGGCCGUAGCAGCCACCAAUAUGUAUCUUCUGUUUGUGAAAGUUACCAACGCUAUGGUGUCUCACUUCAUGAUGAUAGCGUCAGCCACUGCGUGGGGACUUCCGUUGUUAGUGGUUAUCAUCGUAUUUGCAGUUGACCACACACAAUAUAUAAAUGAUAAUUAUUGUUUCCUGAAAGUUGGCAACUCGUUAUACUAUGGCCACAUACUCAUCAUUGGACUCGUUCUACUCUACAACUUCGUCAUCUUCACCCUGGUUAUGUACAGGCUGACCCGCCCCAGCUUGAUUUCAUCUACAACCCAUGACAGGGAGGUGGCUACUCGACUCAAGAGGGCCUUUUAUAUCUCAAUCUUGAUCGGUCUGACAUGGGUCUUCGGACUCUUAUCUUUUAUUGCGCCGCUGUAUUUACCCUUCCAAGUCCUUUUCGAAGUCUUUAAUUCUCUUGAGGGCUUUGCAAUCUUUCUGAUUUUUUGCUUGAGGGAGAAGGAAGUUCGUAAGGCUUGGAUUGGUGUUUUUGCAAGGACAAAAAAAGAUAGCCAAAUGUCAGCCAUGGUAACUUUAUCCCACUGAACCACGAUGCUCCAAAAUCUCGUGUUAAAAAAAUACAUGGAGGUUCAAAGUGUGCCAGAAAUCUCCCUUGUUUGGAAGGGCAAUUUAUUUUCAUAAUCUGCAAUGAUCUACGAUACGCAGGGUUGUUAUUUUUUCAUAUAAAACUGAAGCCAAAACUUGUUAACUCUCACUGUUCUGCUGAAUGAACAGUCAAUGGUAUUAUAACAUGUCUCAUGACGAUGACUAGAGCAAGCUAGUCAAAACGUGGAGACCAAUUUAAAGAAUUCGGGUACUUUUUC